AUGGCGGUCACCUCUCUCUCAACACUGGCUCUCUUUGUCCCAAUCCUCGUGAUUGGCAGCCUGGCUUGGAGGAUAAUUCACAGUCUUUACUUCCAUCCCCUCUCCAAGUUCCACGGCCCGUGGUACGCAGCGUCCUUUUCUAUCGUCCAUGCACUUGCUUCCACCUUGAAAGUCGAACAUGAAUGGCUUCUUCAGCUUACGAAGCGCUAUGGUGCUUCCAAGCCGAUUCGUAUUGCUCCAAACCUUCUCCUCUUCCCCCAGCCCUCGGCUGUCAAGGAGAUCUACUGGGACUCAAAGCUCAACACCAAGGGCCUGUUCUACGGGAGCGGCGCCCUGGGACCCCCUCAUCUGUUUACCACCCUGGACGGCGAUCAGCACAAGGAGCUGAGAAAGGCGAUCGGCGGACCGCACUACACCAUCGGAACGCUCAAGAAUCACUGGGAGCCGAGGUUCGACGACCUCAUCCUGACGGCUCUCGAAAAAUGGACCGAGAAGUCGGAGAGGGGCGAGACCAUACAGCUGUGUGAUAAAGUCGCUGAAUUCGCCGCCGACGUCAUGACCAUGGUGUCCUUCUCAGAGCCCUGGGGCUUUGUGCGAAACGACCGCGAUGAGCGUGAACUCCUGAAGCGUUGGCGCGAUAGCCUGCCCUACUUUGGAUUUGUGAACCGGUUUCGCUGGUUCCGCGACGUGGUCAUGAAGUCCUCGUGGGGCGUCUACUUCCUCCCAUCCAGUUCCGACAACACCGGUAUGGGCUUCUUCAUGCGCGAGGCAGACAGGCAGGUGACCAUCCGGGAGUACCGAAUGAAGAAUCAGCAGUACUCCCAGGAGUGUCCGGAUUUUCUGCAGCACUGCCUCGAGGCCCGCAUCGGCACCAAACCACUCUCGCCGGUGCAGAAGCGCGCCCACAUCACGCUCCUGUUCCAGGCCGGCGCCGACACCACGGGCACCGCGCUGGGCUGCACCUUUCGCUUCCUGGUCACGAACCCAGACGUCAUGUCCCGCUGCCAGGCCGAGAUCGACGCCGCCGACCAGGCCGGCAAGCUGUCCAGCCCCGUCGUCCAGUACGAGGAGACGCGCACGCACCUGCCGCUGGUCGUGGCCUGCAUCCGGGAGUCGCUGCGCCUGCACCCGCCGGCGCCGACGCUGUUUCCGCGCAUCGUGCCGCGCGCCGGCGGGGGCGGGCUCGGAGCCAAAAAGACCAGCAGCAGCGGCGGCUUCAAGACCAUCGGCGACGUGGUGCUGCCGCCCGGCUUCGAGGUCACGACGCACCCCUACGUCGUGCAGCGGGACCCGGUUUUGUAUGCGCCGGACCCCGAGGUGUUCCGCCCGGAGAGGUGGCUGGAGGCCAGCCCGGAGAAGCUGAGCGAGAUGGAGGCUGGGCAGUUUACCUUUGGCGUCGGGCCGAGGGUGUGUUUGGGCAAGGACGUGGCUUACAUGGAGUUGUACAAGCUGAUACCACAGGUCUUGCGCACUUUCGACAUGGACCUGCAGCGUCCAGGCCAAUUUGUGGUCGCUGGAGGUGUAGCCUUCAACAAUGACUUUGCAGUGAAGCUACGUGUGAGGAAGAGUGGUGAGACAUUUAUGCACGACUAG